CUAAUUAAAGACACAAUCUCAAGGGAAACAGAGUUAGAUGGCAAGGGCAGGGACGAAUCCAAAAGUUAGUGGCAGUCUGAGAUCUCCUCCCAACCAAAGGAAGAAUGAGAUUAGCGCAAAGGAGAAUGAAUGAUUACGAGCAGCAGUUCCCAACACAUAAAAUUAGAAUUUUGCUGGAAAAAAAAGAAGAAGAAGAAAGAAAGAAAGCAUAAUAAGUAAAAACAAAAGAGAAGUAAUCGAUUCGAUGGUAAGGUGGGGGUGGUUUGGUUUAGAACCCAAUCCAAACCAUCAUUGCGAAUCUUGGGGACGACCUAGCCCACCAUCAUUUUACAAGCUCCUAGCUGAACAAUCCCCCAUUAUUGUCCCUCUCUUCUCCCACCUGCACUUCCCAUUAUGCCCCUCCCCCUCUUCUACCUCUCCAUCCUCCCUCGCCUGCACAGUACUACUACUAGCAGACACCAACUGCAACAACAAGAAGCAUGACAGAUACAAAAAACCUAUCAUCAUUCACAUGACGCCAUAGCCAUAACCAUAAUCAUAGAACCCAACACAUGAAAUCUUUGAGCCUCUCACCCGGCCGCCUUCCCUGCUUACCCAUGCAUGAUUGUUCUGUCAGAAAGAGGAGAGAACCACGUCUUCUUUUGUCUCUCCCUCCCUCCCUCCUCUGCCUUUUCCUCUAUAAAUUAACGCCUCAAUGUGCCCCUUGUCCCUCACUUUUACUUCCACGAACUUCUCCUUGUUCAAGAAUCCAGAUUGCUUCCUCCACCAGCUUCUUCUCGCCCGACUUCUUUCAAAAGGUCUUCUUUUUCAAAAAGGGUUACUCGAGAGAGAGAAUCGCCUGACAGAUAUGGAAAGGCUUAACUCGAAGCUGUACCUGCAGAACUGCUACAUAAUGAAAGAGAACGAGAGGCUGAGGAAGAAAGCUCAGCUUCUUAAUCAAGAGAACCAGGUUCUGCUGUCUGAGCUCAAACAGAAGCUGUCCAAGCAGGCAAAUUCAAAAGCCGGUGCUCCGAACACCAUUCUUGACCUGAACCUCGGCUCAAGCUCCGCCCAAAAUGCUUCCAGUUCCAGCAAUUGAUAUGUUUGGAGGACCCCACUAGCACUAUUUAUUUGUUUUGUUUCAGUGUAAAAAUCUGAGUCGACAGUAGCAGUCCAUGUUUCUGUUCCAUAGGAUAAUAUCACAUCAUGUAUCAGAUUACUAGUGUGUUGGUUUCCAUUCUGAUGAUAUCUGUUUUUCGGAAAGGGGGGGUUAGAUAUUAAUUCGUGAACCAAAAGUUAUGAUAUGAAUCUGGCUAUCUGCCAUAAAAUGAAUGAAUAUAAAGCAACUACUGUGCUUGGCUAGUUUGCUCUC